AACAUGUCGGCGAGUGGAGAGUGUUUCCUGAAGCCGCGAGUCAAAAUGUCCUAAAGUCGGAAUAACAGAGACGCCACCUUGUUGUUUUUCUAUCCCACCGACAGAGACUUUGUACCGGGUCACAGUGAACGCAGGACAUCUGAAGAAGAAUGACGUCCAUCAUCAAGCUGACCGCCGUGUCAGGCGUGCAGGAGGAGUCCGCCCUGUGCUACCUGCUGCAGGUGGACGAGUUCCGCUUCCUCCUGGACUGUGGCUGGGAUGAGAACUUCUCCAUGGACAUCAUCGAUGCUAUGAAACGAUAUGUUCAUCAGGUCGAUGCUGUGCUCCUCUCCCACCCUGACCCCUUACACCUGGGAGCCCUGCCCUACGCUGUGGGCAAACUGGGUCUAAACUGUACAAUUUAUGCCACCAUUCCUGUUUAUAAGAUGGGUCAGAUGUUCAUGUAUGAUCUUUAUCAGUCUCGAAACAACAGUGAAGAUUUCAAGCUCUUCACUCUCGACGAUGUGGACUGUGCUUUUGAUAAAAUCCAGCAGCUGAAAUACUCUCAGAUUGUCCACUUGAAAGGCAAAGGACAUGGUCUCUCCAUCACGCCACUUUCGGCCGGUCACAUGAUUGGAGGCACCAUUUGGAAAAUUGUGAAAGACGAGGAGGAGGAGAUUAUUUACGCCGUGGACUUCAACCACAAGAGAGAGAUCCACCUGAAUGGCUGCACACUGGAGAGCAUCAGUCGUCCGUCCCUACUUAUCACAGACUCCUUCAAUGCCACAUAUGUGCAGCCACGUCGUAAACAAAGAGAUGAGCAGCUCCUUACGAAUGUGAUGGAGACCCUCCGAGGUGACGGUAAUGUCCUGAUUGCCGUGGAUACAGCAGGGCGCGUGUUGGAGUUGGCUCAGCUCCUGGACCAGAUCUGGAGGACAAAGGAUGCUGGGCUGGGGGUUUACCCACUCGCUCUGCUAAACAAUGUCAGCUACAACGUGGUGGAGUUUUCCAAGUCCCAGGUGGAGUGGAUGAGUGACAAACUCAUGAGGUGUUUUGAGGACAAGAGAAACAACCCCUUCCAGUUUCGUCACCUGACCUUGUGCCACAGUCUGGCAGACCUGGCCCGGGUGCCCAGCCCCAAGGUGGUGCUCUGCAGCCAGCCAGACCUCGAGUCAGGCUUUUCUCGAGAGCUCUUCAUCCAGUGGUGCCAAGACGCCAAAAACUCCAUCAUCCUGACCUACCGCACCACACCUGGAACCCUGGCCCGUGACCUCAUCGACAACCCUGGAGAGAAGAGGCUGGAUCUGGAGGUGAGGAAAAGAGUGAAGCUCGAAGGCAAGGAGCUGGAAGAAUUCCUGGAAAAGGAUAAACAAAAGAAAGAAGCAGCUAAAAAACUUGAACAAGCAAAAGAGGUGGACGUGGACUCCAGCGAUGAGAGUGAUCUGGACGAUGAUCUGGACCAGCCUGCAGUAGUCAAAAACAAACACCACGACUUGAUGAUGAAGAGCGAGGGGAGCCGCAAAGGCAGUUUCUUCAAACAAGCCAAAAAAUCGUAUCCAAUGUUUCCCACACACGAGGAAAGGAUCAAGUGGGACGAGUAUGGGGAAAUCAUCAGGCUAGAGGAGUUUCUGGUUCCCGAACUGCAAUCCACAGAGGAGGAGAAAAGCAAACAUGAAUCCGGGAUGACCAACGGUGAUGAACCCAUGGACCAGGAUCUCUCGGUCGUUCCCACCAAAUGCAUCUCCAGUGUAGAAACCCUCGAAAUUAAAGCGAGAAUAACGUACAUAGACUACGAAGGUCGCUCUGACGGCGACUCCAUCAAGAAGAUUAUUAAUCAGAUGAAGCCCAGGCAGCUCGCCAUCGUUCACGGGCCACCAGAAGCCAGUCUGGACUUGGCUGAGUCUUGCAAGGCUUUCAGCAAGGACAUCAAGGUCUACACACCCAAACUGCAGGAGACCAUCGACGCCACCAGUGAGACACACAUCUACCAGGUGCGGUUGAAGGACUCCUUGGUGAGCUCUCUGCAGUUCUGCAAAGCCAAGGACACGGAGCUGGCAUGGAUUGAUGGCGUGCUGGACAUGCGCGUGGUGAAGGUGGAUACCGGCGUGAUGCUCGAGGAGGGAGUGAAGGAGGACGUGGAGGAGGGCGACCUGGCCAUGGAAGUUGUACCCGAUCUCGGCAUCGACAUCAACGCCACAGCGGUGGCCGCACAGCGAGCCCUCAAGAGCCUGUUUGGAGAGGACGAGAAGGAGCCGUCUGAAGAGAGUGACGUGAUUCCCAUGUUAGAGCCGCUGCCUCCGCCCGAGAUCGCUGGGCAUCAGUCGGUGUUCAUCAACGAGCCGCGCCUGUCUGACUUCAAGCAGGUCCUGCUGAGAGAGGGCAUCCAGGCCGAGUUUGUGGGAGGAGUUCUGGUUUGCAACAACAUGGUGGCCGUCCGCAGGACGGAGGCCGGACGCAUCGGGCUGGAAGGCUGCUUGUGUGACGACUACUACAAGAUCCGGGAGCUGCUGUAUCAGCAGUACGCCGUGGUAUAGAAGCAGCAGCAGCAGCAGCAGCAGCAGCAGCAGCAGAGUAUUCCAGGGCGAUACAGAGACAAUCCUUAAU